CCAAUCCGCGUUUAUCGGCCGAAGUUCACGUUGGUGCCGCUGUACAUUGCAAUCACUUGUCCAGGGGGGAAAAAAAGGAACGGGGGCCACGCUGCGCUCGGAGGACAUUUAAAGAGGUCUCCUUUUCCUCCGGUGGAGCUCAUUCCUCCCGCUCCCUUCCCUCCUCUGCCUCCGCUCGGACUCGUCCAGCCAUUCGAAGGGGCACCUCUAUUUUUCCCCCCCCCGCACCUCCAAACGGGCAAAUGGAGCAAACUUAUGGAGAAGUGAACCAGCUGGGCGGCGUGUUCGUCAACGGGAGACCCCUACCCAACGCCAUACGGUUAAGAAUAGUGGAGCUGGCGCAGCUCGGGAUAAGACCCUGCGACAUAAGCCGACAGCUCCGCGUCUCCCACGGCUGCGUGAGCAAGAUUCUGGCGCGUUACAACGAGACGGGCUCCAUCUUGCCAGGUGCCAUCGGCGGAAGCAAGCCGCGGGUCACGACGCCCAACGUGGUGAAGAACAUCAGGGAAUACAAGCAAAAUGACCCCGGGAUUUUCGCCUGGGAGAUUCGGGACAGGCUUUUGGCGGAUGGAGUUUGUGACAAGUACAACGUGCCGUCGGUAAGCUCGAUCAGUAGGAUUUUACGCAACAAGAUUGGAAAUCUGUCCCAGCCCAACCAGUACGAGAGCAGCAAGCAAGCCACGGCGCAGGCCGGGCUCUCCUACAACCACAUAUACCCCUACUCCUACCCCAACACCAUGUCGCCCAAAAUGAGCAGCCCUCCCGGAGUACCGGUGACAGCGGGACACGUGAGCAUAUCCAGGGCCUGGCCGUCCGCGCACACCGUCAGCAACAUCCUCGGUAUACGAGCGUUCAUGGAUCCCGCAGCCAUCGCUGGGACUGAAGGAUAUCCACCAAAAAUGGAGGAGUGGGGCAGCGUGAACCGAGCAGCCUUCCCAGCAGCUCACACGGUCAAUGGGAUUGACAAGUCAGCCAUUGACGCCGACAUAAAAUACGCUCAGCCUUCCUCGACGUUGUCCGGCUAUGUCUCAGCGUGUGCUUACUCUCCCACCAACCAGUACGGGGUGUACAGCGGGUCAGCGGGCGGCUACGUGGCCCCGGGCCACCACCACUGGCAGCCGCAGAGCGCGGCCUUAUCCCACGCAGGCAGCGGGAUGGGAAUGCACGCGGGGGAGCUCCACGCACCGAUGGCCUUCAAACACCAGCGAGAAGGAGACCGAAAACCAUCGAGUCCCCUGAGCAAGCAGCAGCAGCAGCAGCAGCAGCAGCACGAAGACUUGAACAGUGUGCACGGACUCAGUCUCCCUACCUCGUCGUCAUAACCGGGACUUGUACCACCUUAUUUGCCAGGCCCAUUUAACUGAACCCAUUUCAACACGUCCAACAGUAAGUCUGAACACUAAUGGCUUGUUCCUCCGGGCACGUGUGGCGGACAGUGAAACACGGGCCUAUUCACGCGCACAGUACAACAUGGGCUUAUGGCCUUAUGAAUGUAAGCUCGCAUGGAUGGAUGUUUUCGGUUUCUCCCCUCACAGUUUGACUUCAUAUUUCUAGGCUGUAUAUUGCCUCAUGGAGAUCGCAGGGUUUUAAAACACAUUAUUGCCAGUCCAGUCUAUCGAUGUUUCAUUAUAAAAACCAAGGGCUACUCUGUAAUACGUCAUAUAUUAUAUUAUCAUUACGUGUUGUCAUGAUCUCGAAUCCACAGUGACUCAACGAUGUGAAAAUAAGAAAAGAAUUGUCUAAAUGUAAAAUAUUUGCCAAAGCUUUAAUUAUAUAUUUUUUAUAAUUUUCACUGUAAAUAUUCAAAAAAAAUAAAGACUUUCUCAAGCGUCC